GCGGCGCCAGCGCCGCCACCUUCCGAAAUCAACCCCGCUGGCGCCGCCGCUGGAGAGUUGUCGCAGGACGACGGGCAGUCGGCGGCAGAAUGGUGGCGCAGCAACUGCUUGCCGAGAAGAAGAAAGUACAAAGAAGCUGACGAGCGCGCCUUCGCGGCACUACCUCAAGCCCCGUUUCUCCGUGAAUGGAAGCGCGACGUGAUCAAGAAGAGGCGCGCUGCAUCUGGCCGCCCUGAUGAAGCCUUUGAGUGGAUGGGGGAGGAGGCCCAGGUGGUAGGGAAGCGAAUGAGAAGGAGACAGAACUUCCAUCGGAUCUUCGAUUGGCACAAGCUCGUUGAAGCAGAUGCUUGCGUCUGUGGCUUUGCGCAUCUCCAGGCCGUGAAAAUGGUUGACCAAGAUGCGGCGGGUUCUAUCUACGAAUGGGGCUACACCAUUAUGGGGGCGAAGUCCGCGCAAGAAGAAUCAAGCCUCAUCUCGCUGUUCAAAGCAGAGGUAGAGAAGCAACGCUCGAUGGAGGUCGACAUGGGCGAGUUCAAUCGCACGGGGCCAG